CUACGAAGCUCCUGUGUCCCUCCACUACCCCCUCAGAUUAGUCAGAGUCACUGUAGCUGAGCUCACAUCCCACUUUCACUGAAUUUGUCGUCCAGAUGUGACGUUAUUGUUAGUUAUUUAACUUGUCCAUGUAAAAGCAACAUGUCUCAAGGAGACCAAUAAAGCGGAGGCGAAAUCGUUCGUUUUCAAUCAGGAUAAUUUUCUGAAGAACCGUGGUGCGACUUGAAGUAUAGGUGUUUCAAAAUAGCUUUAAAAAUAGCAUAUAAAACAACAUUUUCAAAAGAAAAAGGGAAUUGUUUAUCCAACCACGUUAGGAAUGAAUACCAUCGAUGCCAAGGAGUAUCUCACAAGAAGGGAGAUACCUCAACUGUUUGAGAGCCUGUUGACAGGUUUGAUGUUCUAUCGACCUGAUGACCCAAUUGAGUACCUAGAAAGUUCUCUGAAGAAGAUCAAAGAGCUGGGAGGAACAGACAAAGUCAGAUGGGACACAUUUAUUGGUCAGGAGAAGAAAUCCCUGCCCCCUCUUAACGGAAACCAAUAUCGAAGGUCCUUCUUCAGAAAUGUGUUGCCAGACAGCGCAAACUUCUCAUACGGGAAACGAUACGACUGCCUGCCUCCCAUCCAACAGUUCUCCAUCGAGAGUGACUCGGGUCUGUCAGAAACGGCAGAGCUUAUAGAGGAGUAUGAAGUCUUUGAUCCCUCCAGACCAAGGCCCAAAGUCAUCCUCAUCAUUGGUGGUCCCGGCAGUGGCAAAGGCACCCAGAGCUUGAAGAUUGCCAAGCACUAUGGGUUUGAGUAUGUGUCAGUAGGAGAGUUGCUGAGGAAGAAGAUGAUCCACAAUGCGCCUGGCAACAGGAAAUGGAGUUUAAUAACCAAGAUAAUUACCAACGGGGAGCUGGCUCCACAGGAAACGACUAUUAUGGAGAUCAAACUGAAGAUAAUGAAGAUUCCUUAUGCGAGAGGCCUUAUCAUCGAUGGCUUCCCUCGCGAUGUUGCCCAGGCCCUGUCUUUUGAAGAUCAGAUAUGUACACCAGAUCUGGUGGUGUUCCUGGCGUGCGCCAGCCAUAGCCUGAAGGAGCGUCUGGAAAAGCGGGCCAUGCAGCAGGGUCGCCCCGACGACAACCCCAAGGCCACUGAGCGCCGGCUGACGAACUUCAAGCAGAACGUCGUCCCCCUGGUGAAAUACUUUCAGGAGAAAGACCUCAUCAUUACGUUUGAUGCAGACAGAGAUGAGGAGGAGGUCUUUUAUGAUAUAAUUGCUACUGUUGACAACAAGCUCUUCCCUGCCAAAGAACCCGUAGCAGGCUCUAGUGAACUUGACCUUAGCCUGCUUGCAGACAUUGGCAGUUCAGUAGACGUGGCUUCUGAAUCUGAAGAGCAGGCUGAAGAUGAACUGGCUGGGUGCACACAAGACCAUGCACAAGGGAGACAGAAGAAACCCAAGAUCAUCUUUGUAUCUGGAGAGCCGUGCUCAGGGAAGGAGCUGCAGUGUGAGAAAAUGGCGGACAGAUACGGCCUGCUUCCCCUCUCCACUGGAGACCUCCUGAGCAGCGAGCUGCAGACGGACACAGAGAGGAGCCGCCUGCUGCGGGAUGCACUCGACAGAGAGGAGCAGUUGCCCGCUGAUACAUUACUACAGCUCCUGCUAGAGGCGAUGGGGUCUGCACCAGACCAUGUCAAAGGCUUCCUCAUAAAUGGAUUCCCACAAAACAUCCAACAGGCAGAAGAGUUUGAAGCCAAGGUCGGUGAGCCCAGCCUCGUCUUGCUGUUUGAGUGCUCCUCAGACACGAUGGCCAGACCCUUACAGCAAAGGCCUGAGGACAGCAGAGACAGUGACUAUGAGGCAGUCGCUACCCACUAUGAGCGCAAGAAACUUCUAUACAAGGUCAAUGCUGAGGGGCCCCCUGAUGAAGCGCUCCAGCAAGUCCACCAGCUCUUUGAUUCCUGCUAGAGGGCCUACCUGAUAAUAUCAGCGCUGGCGUUCGGUAGAUGGACAGCCAGAGUGCUGAGCCCGGGGCUCUGGCCACCCAGUCUGCAGAGUGAACCCCAGCUGCUGUCCUCAUCCCAUCAAUUGGGGAUCCACCCAGCCAUAUUUAAAAAAAUAAAGCAUUUAUGCAUCAGUCCCCAGCAACCAUCACCAGUGGCACCUUUGAGAUCACAACGUCAUCGCAAAAAGCACUAUCAUCAGACUGCUGUUGUUCAACUCAUCUCUGAAUGCACGUGCUGUGGGCAUUUGAUUCCAGAGGGAUGGGGUGGGUUACCGCGAACUUGUUUAAAAAUGUCAUGCUGUUUUUGGAUAACUGCAUAUAAUUGUUAAUUUUUUCACUCAUGCAUUUCAUGAACUUGUGAUAUUUUAAAGAAAUAUUUAUUUCUGCAGUUGCUUCUUUAUAAAAUUUGCAUGUCAUCAGUUGUAAAUGGAUGAUUUUCCAAAAAGCUCUAGGAUGAAGAUCUCUGAAAAAGAAGGGGAUGCUGCAUUUAUGGUGAUAUUGUACCUGUAGAACAGGAAGCUGUAAAAUGAUUUUAGUCUUUACUGAGAUGUAAACAAUUAUUGAUGUGUUACAAGUAUGUUCAUGCAUACAGUCAUAAUCUUACAGAAGAUAACAACUGCAUCUCUGCAAUAUGAUGAAGCUGGCCAUUUUUCGCACCACCUUGCAGCUCUCCUCUUGAUGUAAUCUUUUUGCAGAAUACAAAAAAUAAAUAAAAUAUAUUCGACUAAGUCAAA